AUGUCUCCUCCAGAACUUUUCUUCAACUGGAAUUUUUUCGAUGUCAAAAGCAUGAAAUUGCAAGCUGCUGUUUACAAUUUAACUAAUGCAACUGAUCGUUUAUGCAACGCGAACAUUGAUAUGACAGAUUUGCCAAACGCUACUGUAUCACGAGAAAAUCGAACUCGGAUGUGUAAUUAUCUUGGUGGCAUAUUUUGUCCAAACUGCUCCAUUGAUUUGUCCCAUCAUGUCGACGUUGCCAACGUUUCAAUAUCUUGCAUUAACGGUUCAGAAAUUGCCUCAUUGCUGCUCACAGUCGUCGGUUGCGGUCUAGUUCAGUCGUAGAUGCGCCUGUCGUGAAAUAUGUCUCCGAUCCUGGACAUGCAAAUGAGAAAUAGCAGAUGACACGCAAUAUGAG